CGCUGGGAAAAGGCCAUUUUGGCUUCGUUGAGUUGGCUCUCCACACCUUGACAAAUAUAAAGGUUGCGAUCAAGAUCACAGAAAUACAAGGAGAGAAAGCAGCUACCAUGAGACGAAACUAUUAUCGCGAAGUGUCCACGUUGAACAAGCUCAACCAUCCUUGCAUCGUAAAAAUUCACGAAACAUUCAAGACAAAAAAUAUUUGCUGUUUGAUAAUGGAAUAUGUCGACGGUGGAGAUUUGUUGAAUUUCGUACGAGGGAAGGCGGAAGGAAAGUUGAACGAAGAAGAUGCAAGAUGGUAUUUUGAGCAAAUCGUUUCAGUUCUCGAUUACCUUCAUCAGAGACGAAUCGUUCACAGGGAUUUGAAAAUGGAGAAUAUACUGUUGCAAGGCGCUGAUAAGAGAAUGAUCAAAGUAAUUGAUUUUGGUCUCAGUAAUGUCUUCUCCAAAGGCGAAUUUCUCAGCACAAAAUGCGGAUCACCGGAAUACGCAGCUCCGGAACUUUUUCGAAGAGACUGUAAAUAUGGAACUGAAGUCGAUGUCUGGAGUUUAGGAAUCAUCUUAUAUGGAAUGCUAAUAGGCCAACUACCAUUCAGAAAUUGCAAUUAUGGAAAGUUGGUCAGCCUUAUCUCUAAGGGAUUGACUAGAGUUCAUCAGGAAAAGAUGGAAGUUUUGAAUCCAGGUUUGUUAUAA